CGUUCAUCAUGCGUUUGACUCCUGCUCUGCUCUCUUUGGGCUUGCAGUGGGCUUCCACUGCUUUCGCGGCUCCUAGUCCUCUCGCCGUUGCGCAUGCGCGUCGGGCUAUCGACAGCAUCAGCGUAACCAACAUUGACGACGUCCGCGGCAAUCUCCACCUACCAAAAUCAUGGAACGGGCUGAACGUGACAUGGUCCAGCGACUCGCCGUCCGUGAUAUCUCACAGUGGUAUCGUCAAACGGCAAAGCACUGAAGCAACGGUCGAUCUCGUUGCAACGAUCGAUGUUGACGGACUCGCCACCAAGCGAACGUUCAGUGCCAAAGUACGACGACAAGCUGCAAUUGACCCAUUCGCUGGAUACGCGUUCGCAUACUUCACCGGAAACAGUAUCGAGGGAGAGAAGAUCUAUUUCGCAGCCAGUAACGGUAACAACGCGUUGAGCUGGAAGGAGCUGAAUGGUGGACAGCCUGUUCUAUCAUCGACCCUCGGUACCAGAGGACUGCGCGAUCCUUUCAUCAUCCGAUCCAAUGAGGGCGACAAGUUCUUCCUGAUCGCUACCGAUCUAUCAAUCGGUUCGGGAACAUCAUGGGGCGAUGCCGUACGCAUUGGAAGUCUUUACCUGGAGGUAUGGGAAUCCACCGACCUGAUCAACUGGUCGGCGCAACGACAUGUUCAAGUAUCGCCGCCUACUGCUGGAAACACAUGGGCCCCCGAAGCACACUAUGAUCCUUCUAUUGGAGAAUACGUUGUGUACUGGGCUUCUUCCAUCUAUGCCGAGAAUGACCCCAAUCAUACCGGAUCGACAUAUCACCGCAUGCUUUUCGCUACGACGCGCGACUUUGUCACAUUCAGCGAGACAUCGGUAUGGCAGGAUGCAGGAAUGUCACGGAUUGACUCCACAGUCUUGGAAGACGGAGCCACUUUCUAUCGGUUCACAAAAGACGAAGGUGCGUCUGGAACAGGUUGCGCCGACAUAAUUCAAGAGAGGUCGGAUUCGCUCCGUUCACCUCUCUCUAGCUGGACCCAAGUCACCGCCUGCAUUGGCAACCGCGCGGGAACAUCGGCGGUCGAAGGACCCACUGCUUUCAAAUCCAACCCAGGCGAUGUCAAUGGCGAGAAGUACUAUCUGUUUGUCGACGAAUACGGCGGCCGUGGGUACAUCCCGCUUGAGACAACGGACAUUGCAAACCCCAACUGGCAAGUAUCCGGUUCAUAUCAGUUACCAUCUAGCCCACGCCACGGCACCGUGAUUCCGGUAACUGCGCAAGAACUCGCCAACCUCAACACCCUAGCUAGAGCUUCACCUAAAACCAAACGAAAACAAACAAAGGAAGCCUCCCUCGUCGCUCGCGAUAGCCCUGUCCUCCCAGGACUCUACGCGGACCCCAACAUUGCCAUAUUCGACAACACCUACUACAUCUACGCCACAACAGACGGCUUCCCAGGAUGGGGCGGCCAAGUCUUCUACGUAUGGCAGUCCCCAGACCUAGUGAGCUGGACACGCUCAACGGAGCCGAUCCUCACCCUCAACGGCACAGCCGGCAACGUGCCCUGGGCAGUCGGCAACGCAUGGGCACCAACCAUCAUCGAACGCGGCGGGAAAUACUACUUCUACUUCAGCGGGCACAACCCGACGUACAACCGCAAGACCAUCGGCGUAGCAGUCGCGGCGUCGCCAACAGGCCCCUUCACCGCGCAACCCACCGCCAUGAUCCUCAACAACGAGAGCGAGACGACCGGCCAGGCCAUCGACCCCGCGACGUUCCGCGACCCCGUCACCGGGAAAUACUAUCUGUUCUGGGGAAACGGGACGCCGGCGCUCUACGCCGAGCUCGACGAUAGCAUGACGGCGCUCGUCCCCGGUUCGAUCCGCAGUAUCGCGGGCCUGACGGAUUUCCGCGAGGGCGUCUUCGUCAACUACCGCGACGGCCUCUACCAUCUCACGUACUCGAUCGACGACACGGGAUCGGAGGACUACCGCGUCGGAUACGCGACCGCGACGGCAGUGGAUGGACCAUGGACGUAUCGUGGCGUGGUGCUGCAGAAGGAUGCUUCGCUGGGGAUCUUGGGUACGGGUCAUAGUUCGAUCGUGAAUGUACCGGGUACUGAUGAUUGGUACAUUGCGUAUCACCGGUUUAAGAUUCCUGGAGGUGGUGGCACGAACCGCGAGACGACGAUUGAUAAGAUGUUUUUCGACGCCGAGACGGGGUUGAUGCGGACUGUGGUGCCGACGCUGGAGAGUGUUGCGCCGCAGACUAUCUUGGGGUAGAUGAAAUGUUACUGUAGAGUGCUUGUAUAUACCAUGGUUAGUUGGGGGGGGUGCUGGGGCUGCUUCGAUGUUGUUAUCGUUAUCUUCCAAUUCCAAGUUUUGUAUAUGCCUCGUGGUGUCUAU